AUGGCUCCGUCCACUGAGAGUCCCGCCGACAUUCCAACGUUCGCGAAACCGCUCGCUCCUUACAUCAAAUCCCGCCAAGACGCUCUCCACAUUCGCCAGGCGUUGACAUCUUAUCUGUGCUCCUUCAUCGUCUGCGCUGACGGGACGGGCCAGUCUCCCGUCUCUCAUGACUUUCUUCCUCAGUGCACUCCAUCGGAGGCGGUCACGGAUCUCAAGCGCAUCCCGGCCAACCUGACGGGUCUUCGAAAGGACUACUUGACAGCCUUGCAAGCCAAUGUCGCUGCUCGAAAGAGCUUGAAACAGGCUUCGGACGACGUUGCGGCCCUGCGACGUCAAGCAGUUCCCACCAAACACUCAGACAAACCGGCGGACGUAGCGAGGCCCGCCGCCGGUCUACAGGACUACCUUCAGCUCCUGCGUGAGCGGCAACGACAGGCCAAGCUCUCUGAUUUUCAGAAAUAUUUGUACGAGCUGAAGACCAAGGAUGCGGGGUCUCUGGGGGAACCGGAUAUUGCGGAGACCGCCCAUCCUCUCAUGUCAUCCAUUUCGCACGCCGAUGAGGACGACACAAGUGCCAGGGGCCAGGCCGGAGAGCCUGUGACAGCGAGGGUCGAUGAUCUCGUAUAUGAGCUGGAGAGGGCGGUCGUUCGAGCUCGGAUGCAGCUGGACACUGAGAGGCGUCUCUUUGAGGAGGUUCAAUCGAGACACGCCUUAAGAAGCAGGGCUUCUGUGGAAGAGGUCGCCCCUGAAGUAAAAAUCAGGGCCUUGCAGCGCACACGGGACGAACUUGUCCAGUGGGUGGAAGAGCGCCUGGUCAGUGAGGGUGACCCGGACGAGGGUCUCAUCCCGGACCUCACGCCAGAAGAGCUGGAGGAGACCCAGAGACGGUUGGAACACCAAAGGUCACAGAUCAGCGAGCAGUACACGGCUUACCUACAGGCCCGCCAGAGUCUGCUAGAAGCCGCUUCACGUGCCUGUCAACCCGUGACUGUCGCUCGGGAGCCUCCUCAAUGCGCGGCGCCGCGAACUGAGAUGGUUCCCCCGUCGGUGCGAGGCCCAGAUCCGCUGGGGGUGCUGUCCUGGGCCACUGAUGCUCUCAUACCGCUUUCUCAGAGGCAAAGGGCGCUUGCCCUGCAACGAUCCUACGUGACUGGGCUUCUGGCCAAGGAGAGGUCGUCGACCCUCCGUGUGUUGCAUCGGCUCUCCGACGAGAGUCACCUUCUUCCCGAGUAUCCCAUGCCUGCUCGACAGCCACGCUCCAAGUAUGCAAGCGGGGCUCGCACUUUGGGUCAUUCUCCCCAGCCCGUGGACACCGCUCCCCCCGAUGAGAUCCUUGAAAUGGCCAGAGCGUGGGCCUUUGCCUCUGAGGCUGCGAUGAGCCACGAGCGAGAUUUUGUCCAGCAAAAGUUGAUCCUGGGAAACGAGGUCGCCCGAGAUGCGCGAACACUACUUGGUGAUGCAUAUUCUACGCUCAAUCAGGACAUGCCACAGGCUCUGGGCAACGGGUCUACAAAAUCCACAGAGCGUCUCAAAGGGCAAUUCUCUCGGCGUGCGGCAACUCAAUCGUCUCGUAUGUUGGAUACUCCGAACGAUCCGAACGGGCCCUGGUCGAGUCUCAAUGGACGCGUGGGAGAUGAGUAA